AGGCCGAGCAACCGCCGCCGCCUCCGUCUCCCCCUCUCGCGGGGCGCGCCAAAACCAGCCACCGGUAGGAGUAGGAGUAGGAGUAGGAGUGAGCGCGGCGCGCCGCGGCCGGCUUCCGAACCGCAACCCUACCAUCCUCCCUCUCCCGGCCGCACUUGCCGAUGGCCGCUGAGCAGGAGGGUAGGGAGGUCCAGGUCCGGGCCCUCGACUCGCGGUCCACGGCCGUCAGGCUCGCCCCCGGCGCCUCCGUCCGGGACCUCAAGGCCGCGCUCCGGAGCUCCUUCCCGCCCGCGCAAGUCGCCCCCAGCUUCCACCUCUUCCUCAAGGGUGCUAAAUUGCGUUUGGACGCUGAGGUUGGCAGCCUUGCCAUCGGUGGUGGGGAAUUCGUCGUUCUCGUUCCCUUCACAAGGUCGCCGCAACAAUGUUCUUCAGUGAGCGUGCCUAGUCAAGAGCAGGGCGUCAAUCCACCAAAACAACCAGAAGUGUCAGCUGCAGCUAAUUCAGCUUGGCAAGACAUUAUGGAUGACCUCUCAGCAAUGCCAUCCAGCCCACAGCCUGACAUUGCAGCCAAAGAUUUUUACUCCUCAUCUGGCCCGUGCUCUGGGACUGGGAGGUCUGCAGAUGAUACGCCACCGUGUCAAAGUUCAUCAUUUGGAUCUUCAAGGAAAAGGAAAAAGGCAUGCGAGGAAAAUGGAAAUGGUUCCCCAGAGACCCUUCCCUCUGGAGAAAAUGGUAUGGCUGAGAAGCAGAAGCGCAGCAUGAGUAAGAAAAGUGGGGUGGCCAAAUCUACAGCUACAUCAUGUCACGAUACGCACCCUUUGGAACCUGCUGAAAUGGCUGAACAUCUGAAGCAAGGACUUGGAAAGGAGGGCCAGAUUGUACAUAUCCAAGAGAUACCAUCUAGAGAGGCAUCAUUUACAGAACUUCCUUGUCAUCUUUCAGAAGCUAUGAGAGAAGCACUGGCUAGUAUUGGAAUAUCUAGACUCUACAGUCACCAGUCUCAAGCCAUAGAAUCCUCUAUAUCUGGGAGGCACAUUGUUGUUGCAACCUCUACAUCAAGUGGAAAGUCUCUGUGUUACAACAUUCCUGUUCUCGAAUCUCUCUCUCAAGACUUGAUGGCGUGUGCUCUAUAUAUAUUUCCAACAAAGGCUUUAGCUCAAGAUCAGUUGAGGACUUUACUAGGGAUGAAAAAUUCAUUUCAUAUUGAUAUUGAUGUUAAAAUAUAUGAUGGUGAUACUCCUAGAGAAGAUCGUUUGUGGAUCAGGGAUAAUGCUCGAUUGUUAAUUACCAACCCAGAUAUGUUGCAUGUGUCAAUCUUGCCGUAUCAUGGCCAAUUCCAGAGGAUUCUAUCAAAUCUUAGGUAUAUUGUCAUUGAUGAAGCACAUUCGUACAAAGGGGCAUUUGGCUGCCAUACUGCGCUUAUAAUCAGAAGAUUGAAGCGUAUUUGUUCAAAUGUUUAUGGCAGUCAUCCUACAUUCAUAUUUUGUACAGCUACCUCAGCAAAUCCAUGUGAGCAUGUUAUGGAACUGGCUAAUUUGGAUGAAGUUGAGUUGAUUCAGAAUGAUGGAAGCCCUUGUGGUUCCAAGUACUUUCUCUUGUGGAAUCCCCCUCUAUAUAUGGCAGAUGGAAAUUCAAAAGCUAGUUCAGUACCUAGACGCUCAAGCUCAAUAGUAGAGGUUUCAUAUCUAUUUGCUGAGAUGGUUCAACAUGGGCUCCGUUGCAUUGCAUUCUGUAAAACUAGGAAGCUAUGCGAGCUUGUCCUAGCUUACACGCGUGAAAUUCUUCAGGAGAGUGCAAAAGGAUUGGUAGAUUCUAUCUGUGUAUAUCGUGCUGGCUACAUUGCAGAGGACAGAAGAAAAAUUGAGGCCGAUCUUUUCGGGGGGAAACUCCGCGGUGUCGCUGCUACCAAUGCUCUUGAACUAGGGAUUGAUGUUGGACAUAUUGAUGCAACAUUGCAUCUUGGAUUUCCUGGGAGUAUUGCCAGUUUGUGGCAGCAAGCCGGAAGGUCUGGAAGACGAGCUAAACAAUCAUUAGCCAUUUAUGUUGCCUUUGAGGGUCCUUUAGAUCAGUAUUUCAUGAAGUUCCCACAUAAAUUAUUUGGCAAGCCGAUUGAGCAUUGCCAUGUAGAUGCACGUAAUCUAAAGGUUUUAGGACAGCAACUUGCUUGUGCUGCUUAUGAACAUCCCUUGUGCCUGCAAUACGAUGAGCACUACUUUGGUUCUAGUCUCGAUAGUGCAAUGACGACCCUUAAAGACAAAGGUUAUAUCAUUAACAAUCCAUCUGGAUCUUUAUCUUCAAGCAUGUGGAACUACAUUGGACCUGAGAGAAGUCCUUCACAGGCAGUGAGCAUACGGGCAAUUGAGCAUGACAAGUACAAAGUGAUCGACAAGUUAAAUAAUCGAUUACUUGAGGAAAUUGAGGAAAGUAAGGCCUUUUUUCAGGUUUAUGAAGGUGCUGUUUACAUGCAUCAGGGUAUCAAUUACCUGGUUGAGGAACUUAACUUGUCAUCGAGGACAGCUUUCUGUAGAAAAGCUGAUUUGAAGUAUUAUACAAAAACACGAGAUUACACUGACAUCAAUGUCCUCGGAGGAGAAUUUGCUUAUCUUCCUAUGAUUACAUGUAAAACUAAUCGUGUGAAGACAACUGCUCAAGCAAAUGAUUGCACAGUGACUACUAAAUGGUUUGGAUUUUAUCGCAUACUGAAAUCAAGCAAUAAAAUAUCGGACAGCAUCGAGCUUAACCUACCCCCGUAUUCCUAUGUUUCCCAGGCUGUUUGGGUACGGAUUCCGCACUCGGUAAAGAUAACCGUGGAGGAAAGAAAGCUACAGUUUCGAGGUGGCUCGCAUGCUGCUUCUCAUGCACUCCUGAAUAUAGUGCCUCUGCAUAUGAUGUGUAGUGCAUCUGACCUAGGAACGGAAUGCGCGAAUCCUCAUGAAACACGUGGCAUUCCGGACAGAAUUCUUUUAUAUGAUAAACACCCAGGUGGUAUCGGCAUAGCGUCGCAGGCCCAAAUGCUCUUCGGGGAACUUCUACUAGCUGCUUUAGAACUCGUUUCCACUUGCAGCUGCAUGGGUGCUGCUGGUUGUCCAAACUGUAUCCAGUCACUGACAUGUAGUGAAUACAAUGAAGUUUUGGACAAGGAGGCAGCAAUUUUUAUUCUGAAGGGAGUAAUCGACUAUGAGUGGGCGUAUUUCGAAGGCGAAGAUGCUCGUCAGCAAAGCUGAUGCGGAUGUUAGGCGCCGGUUUGGACGGGACGGAGUAGCUUGUACAAAGGAGAGGAGUGUUGUUUGGUGUUGAUGUAGUGGAGAUGCUAACUGUUAUCACAGUUCUGGCCUCAUUCAUGAGAGUUGACAGCGUUCUACAACCACUUCGAUGCA